UUGCGAAAUGUCUCAGUCGGGAUACCAUUUUUGUUAACUAAUGCAUAAUCUGUUGACAUGUAAAUUGAAUGCAAUAUUCCUCUAUUGGGUACAUGGUGUUACUGAAUACAACUGGUUGAUUUAAUACAGGACGAAGCGUCCCCUUUAAGAGAGCGAAUCGAAAGUGUGUGUGAGGGUUUGUUUACCGUUCACGUGAUUUAUACACGCGUAAGGGAGAACCUGACCGUGGAAUAAAAGUACGGUAUCGUGUCGAUACUUUAAUGCCUGAACAUCGUUUAAAAAGUAACUGAGGCAAGUAACCCAAAAUGGAAAGUGCAGAAACAAAGGAGGAAGUCACGGAAACGACGUCUCCAGUGACAGAACACACUGUAACUAUCCAGCAUGUGAAGGGAGACCUGUUCUCCUGUCCGCAGAGCGAGUCUCUGGCUCAGUGCAUCAGCGAGGACUGCCGCAUGGGGGCUGGGAUAGCCGUGCUCUUCAAGAGGAAAUUCGGGGGCGUCCAGGAGCUGCUGGGACAGAAGAAGCAGCCUGGUGAGUGCGCAGUGCUCAGAAGAGGAAAGCGCUUUGUUUACUAUCUGAUCACAAAGAAGAAAGCUCACCAGAAACCGACUUACGAGAGCCUGCGAAAGAGCUUGGAAGCCAUGAGGGAGCACUGUGUCAGCAAUGAAGUCAGAAAACUGUCAAUGCCCAGGAUUGGCUGCGGACUGGAUUGUCUGGAUUGGAAAAAGGUGGCAGUGAUGAUAGAAGAGGUGUUCCAAAAUACUGACAUCCAGAUCACCGUGUACUCACUCUGAGAGGCAGCAUGGGCUGAGCUGGGACUGGGACCUCUUGUGGCUGCUUGCCCUGGCAUUGAAUGUGCCACCCUGGCUGCCAUUGCUGUCUAAUCAACUUCCCUCAGACUGCAGAUUCAGCUUCUGGUUGGUUGGCAUUGGCAGCCCUGGUUUAUAAAUCAAUGCACCUUACACUAAUUCUAGCAAAAGUGGGACAGUGUUGGGUUACUGUAGCAAGAUAAGAGUCUGAUGUGAAAUAUAAUUCCUUUUUUUUCCCCUUUUAAAGAUGAGAAAAUAUUGUUAUGAGUUCUUUAAACAACAGACAGUAUAAAACAAAACAUUUUGAUGUAUGUUUAAAUCUCAGGUAAUUUUUUUUUGUUUUAUUCAUCAUUAUGUGAGGUUGUCAUGAACAUGUUUGUGUUUUAUGAAAGUCUAGUGUUGUUUUUUGUAUAUUGUAAAGCUACAGCACUUCGAUGGCUCUCCGGGAUCAUUGCAAUGAAGGAGUUCAGUGCUUAUUUAUGUUGUCGUUCUUGUUAAUGAAGCAUCAGUGAUAUUGUUAGUUAUGAUGCAGAUGGCUAUGGUGUCAUGUCUGUAUUGCAGGGAUGAGAGUUCAUCACAGUACAGAGGAUAUGUGCCUGCAUGUCUGAACUGAUAGCCAUCAUGCAGCUACAGUACUGCCAUUCUGGGAUUGCACAGUGGGCUAUCUUAUCUGAUUAUCAUCACUAUAGACCAAAGCGGGUUUACUGUUAAAUAGAAGAGAUGGAAAAAAUAUAAAUAUAAGGGAAAGGGUCAUUUAAGCUGUUUAUUCUAAGAUCUGUGAUGCAGUGCUAAGCCACUGGGUGGCACUAUAUGCUGUUAAAUAAAUCCAUUUAAACAGACCAUUGUUACAGAAGCUGGAUACCAGUCAGAUCUGUGUGUUAACUGAAAGUCAUAUUAAGAGCUGGAGUGAAAACACUCAGUAAUGAAAGGGAUGGGUUUUAGAAAGUAAUAUUCAGCUUCAUUGAUCAGCAAGACUGUUUGAUUGGGACCCCUGUUACAGCUGAUUGAUCCCAGCACUAGGGGGUAAACGCUGAGUGCUCACUCCCUUAUUCUGAGGGAGAGGUUAGCAGUGAUUAUGCAGGGUGAGUGACAGACACACCAGGAGAGCAAGUGGCCUGGCUGCUGUUACUGACCGUCACACUAAAAAUAAGCUGCCCAGCCUUCCAAAGAAAGCUCAGGACCCUAAUUCCUUCUAUCAGAAAAGAGCAGGUAUUUAAAUCCUAUGCUUGUGUCUAGCAAGGGUAGCAUUGGUGUCCAGGUCACUCAAAUGGCCACGUGAACCAGCUCUAGCCCUGUCUUAACUCUCUGCUCAUCAUGACAGCCACUUGUUUGCAACACGUUAAUUGUUCCAACUGUUCCAAGUCUCCCCCCCCCCCCCCCCCCCCCCCCCCCCCCCC